GCUUCCUUACUACUUCACCGAGCUGCAAGUCAGGGAGCUGCUGGAGAGCUUUGGCGCCCUCAAGGGCUUUGAUCUCGUGAAAGAUAGAGAAACUGGCAACUCUAAAGGAUACGCUUUCUGUGUCUACCAAGAUGUCGCUGUUACAGACAUCGCGUGCGCUGCCCUAAACGGGAUCAAAAUGGGAGAUAAGACGCUUACCGUGAGACGUGCGAACCAAGGAACAAUGCAGCCGAAGCCUGAGCAGGAGAGUAUAUUGUUGUAUGCACAACAGCAGAUUGCUUUUCAGGUAAAACUAGUUAUAGUAAUGUUAGUAAUGUCUCUUUUACGGUUAAAUCAAUUGCGGAACUGUUGUCUUUUUCAGGUGAAUAUGUUGCAGCCGGGACCAGUGGCAACAACAGUUGUAUGUUUGACUCAAGUUGUUAAUGAGGAUGAGCUUAGAGACGACGAGGAGUUUGAAGAUAUCAUGGAUGACAUGAGGCAAGAAGGCGGCAAGUUUGGUGCAUUCACCAACGUUUUGAUACCUCGUCCCAGCCCCAGCGGUGAGCCAGUUGCAGGCCUUGGCAAGGUGUUCUUGAAGUAUGGUGAUACAGAUGGUUCGUCAAGGGCAAGAAGCGGGAUGAAUGGUAGGAAGUUUGGAGGGAACGAAGUGAUUGCUGUGUUCUACCCUGAAGACAAGUUUGAUCUGGGAGACUACGGAGCCUGAACUCAUCCCUUGUUUUCUUUGCUUUCUAAGACCUUAAGUUCUCUGUAAGUUUUUUUUUUACUUCAGUUAAAAGACCCUUUGCGUGUGAUUUAAAGACCAAGAGAUGAUUUCAAUGAAAUUUUAGUUAUAAUUUUGUUACCGUUGUAUAUUGAUUAUAGUUUUAUCAACAUUAUGGAAGAAGGAUAGACAAAAGUCUAUAAUCGACAUGAUUAAUUUAAAUAUUGGGAUAUAUUUUCUUUUUAUAUUUUUCUUUUCAGUGACUGUUCCUUAAUAUUUUAAUAAACUCCUUUUGUGGAACAUUUUUGUUGAAAAGUAUGAUGGCUAAUAACAAUAUAAACUUUUGACGAAAGAGUCCAAUAAUCCCACUCGCCCGGAAAUAGAACAGUACAAAAAGUGAUGAUGAUCUUAGGGAAAACAUUAUUUAUUUUGAUUUAUCAAAAAGUGAUCUUAUUUUUAAACCAAAAGGUCAACACUUUUGGAGCUAACAAUUUAAAACCACAAACAUAAAUAAAACAUGACACUGAGCAAAAUGGCUAAUAUCAAAUAAUUAUAUUUUACUCAUUUGAUUGUUUUCUUUAUACAGAAAACCCCCAAAGUUACAUUAAAAAGACAUAACUUAGAGCUAAAUUUCAAAUAUCAAGUAAUUGUAUUUAAUUUAUUUUCUUAUGAUUCAAAGGUUUGGUUUAAAAGUUGAAACGCAUCCAUAAUCCAUUGAGCUCUAGUCUCUAAGGUAUUCGUUCACGAUUCAAUAUUCCUAGUUUGUAGGAAUUUUUUUUGCAUCAAUUAAAUAUGAAAGAUUUGAAUAUAAAUGUAAGUUAUGUCUGGACUUUUUAGGUGAAGCUAGUGUAGAUUGAAUUUGUUUUUGAUUUGGAGAGAAAAAAUAUUUACAGUGGCUAUAAACAAUAAUACUUUCCUUGGUUCUGUACAAA